AUGGACCCACAACCACCGCCCCCGAGGCCCGACAGCCCCCCGCGCCGGCUCCGCGCAUGCGCGCCGUGCACUCGGGCCAAGGCCCGCUGUAACUUCCGCGAGGAGAACGCCCGUCGGCACCUCUGCGACCGCGCAUCUCGUAACACCAGAAAAGUCCCCGGUAGCCUCGACACCCUCAGCAGAGACCUCAGGCUCAACUCCCUCAACCUCCUCGCCUCCCUCUCACCCAGACUCAAACUCACACUCCCACCCAGCACCCCUAAUCCAAAGACGCCAACCAGGCCCCGUAACCCAAAACCCCCCCUCCUACUCCCACUCCUCUUCUUCCUCCCCCUCCUCCUCAUCCUUGAUCGUAACAACAUCGACGACGACAAAACCACCCCUGGGCCUGACCUGGUUCCAAGCAUCCAACGUCCUCGCCGACUUCCGCGCAAACUUUGUGCCCAACUUCCCCUUCAUCCAGGUCGACGGGCCCUCGGUAGACCCGGGCUCCGGGUCCCCGCAGCGGCUCGCGCGCGAGAAGCCGUUCCUGUUCCGCGCGGUCAUGCUCGCCGCCGCGCCGGCGGGGAAGACGAGGGCCGAGGCGAUGCACCGCGAGUUGUUGGCCGAGAUGGGGGCGCGGAUGAUGCUCGAGGAGGAAGGCGGGCUGGAUUUGUUGCAGGGAAUGCUGGUCAUCAUAUUGUGGUUAGUAACGGCCCCGUCACCUUUUCACCGACUUACAUCACGUUCCUCGCCGGCGUCUACUGGGCGGAAUGUAGAUACUGGUUCGACAAACAAAUCACCCGCCUCGUCUACACGGCCCUGGGCUACGCCCACAGCCUAGGCAUCACCAAACCCCCGCGCUCCCUCCUCCAGCCUUCGCCCUGCCGCCCCGGAGGUUCUCAACAACAACAGCAACACUCAUACCCGCACCCCUACCAACAACAGUGGCAGCAGCAGCAUCGACAACAACAAGAACCAGAAGACUGCUUCACCAACAAGGCAGCCCUCAGCGCGACGGAGCACCACACCCUCGAGGAGCAGCGCACCUUUCUCGGCCUCUUUUGCGUCGUCUCGUCCAACUGCGCGCAGUUCGCCCGCAAGCAGAAUCCCCUCCUGCACUGUCUCGGCUCGAACGGGCCCGGAAGUGGGUCAUUUUCUUCGUCUUCUCAGGGGCAGCAGCAACGAACGGGCCUCGGGUAUCUAGAUAUCUGCUACGAGAACCUAGCCGCGUCAGGGAGCCUGGAGGACCGGAUGGCGGCGAGGAUGUUCAAGAUGGCCGCCGUCUCUGCGCGCCUCACUGAUGGGUUCGGUCCCGUGAUGGAUUGUGAACGCGGAAUGGGAAGGGGAAUGGGCGAAGGGUUCGAGGAGGAGGUGGGAAGACUCCGGGCGCAAGUGGAUGAUGUCUUGGAGGGUCUUGAUCCGCGGGAUCCUUAUUACGCAUACCUCAACCUGCAGCACAAAGCUCUCCUAGUCCAACUCUACGAACCAGCAACAAAACACCCAUUUCCCUCCUCAUCAUCAUCUCCAUACCCCGCAGCUUUCCAAAACACCACCACCGCCACCACCCUAAACCGCACAACCUACUUCCAAGCAGCCCUCUCCGAAGCAAAAGCCUACUUUGCCGCAACCCUCGCCCUGCCCCCCGAAGCCUACGUCUACCGCACCUCAGUCGGCAUGGGCCUAGCCCAAGGCGUCCUUGCCGUCACCACGCGACUGCUAAUCCUCCACGGCGUCCCGGGAUGGGACCUCCCCCGCGCCCGCGCGGACGUCAAAUUUGCAGAAAUCUGCGAAAACCUGGUCGCGUUUCUCGGAAGGGUGCUGCAGGUGGGCAGGGAGAGGAUGGGCCGGCUGAAGGAGGAGACGUGGGUUCGGGGAGUCGGUGGUGGGGGCAGUAGUUGUGGAAGGGCAUACAAUACCCUCGAAUUCGACUGGGAUGACAUCAAUGGUGGAAGCGAGAUCGAUGCGAGGGGCUCCAUGUGCGAGGACUUGAUUGGCAAGAUGAGCUGGAUCAAGGGCUGGUAUGAGAGCCGUGUUCGAGCGGAGGACGGCGGCCUGACUACCGCUACCACUCCUGCCACUGCUGGCGGUGGCGUCGGGAAUGCAGAAGCGGCAAAUAAGGAGUUGAUGGAGGAGAUUGCGAGGAUAUGGCACUGGCCUGCGGACGCGGCGAUAUUUGACGAGACACGAUGUCCUUUCACGAUUCCCAGCUCAAAGAAAUAG